CUGGGCGACUCUAGAUAUAAAACCUGUUCGGUGGCAAAGGUCAAGCUGAAACGAAAGUGUGAAUUGUGUUCAAAGAAACCAACUACGAUUGCAUAUUCAAAAAAAAAAAAAAAAACCGCUUUUAGCAAGAAAAUAAGUUGUCAUUUGAGUGCAAAUUUACUCUUCUGACGCGGGGGCAUUUGUGCGUGCACGCGUUCCAUUGUUAAUCUAAUCAUUGGCAGUGGCCAGUGCGAUAAUCUUGUUAAGCCUUAAUCGGAACACCUGCUACGUGAGCCCAACAUUCAGAUAUAUAAAAUGACCGGGCAGAGCAAACUUGUGGACGCAGCCAUCAAAUGCAGCUGCCAUGAGUAUGUGCAUCCAUGGACAGCGAGCUGUUUCUGCGGUGCAUGCGGACUCUUUUUGGCCAGCAUACCCGCCUCCAUGCGUACCUAUAGCAUUGUUUAUCUGCUUGCGCUGGUCAUGAAAAUGCGCAUUCCCAGGCUGUUGGACCUCAAGCACACGAUUAUUGGCAUUUUCAAAUCGACAGCCUUUCUCUCGACGAAUGCCUAUCUUUUCUCGCUGUGUGUGUGUCUCCUGCGUCGCCUAUUGGGCGGCUUCUACUUUAGCUCAGUUGCCUUUUUCCCCACCUUCAUUGCCAGCUAUGCGGCGCUUUGCAUUGAGCGUCCGGCGAGACGUACGCCGCUGGCCUUGUAUGUGGCAAAUGAGGCAACCGAGGCACUUUGGAAUAUGCUGGAAUCACGCGGCCUAGUGCGCUCCAUUCCGAAUGGACAAGUCUUGAUACUGGGCUGUAGCUUGACAGCUCUGCUGUUUAUGUACCGCCUGGGCGUGCACAAGGGCACCAUCAAGGAUGUCACCUUUAAGGCGCUGACAGUUCUCAUGGGCAAGGGGGAAGAGGGUCCAGUUAAAACGCCCGCAGUGACCACCACGCAAAGCCCGUGCCGGCAGCCGCUCAACUUUCGCAGAGUCUCUGCCUAUGUGCAGCUCUACGAUCGUUUGCGCAACGCCAAGCAUCCCAGUUGUCCGCAUCGGCAAGGCUGCGGCACCUACGCACUGCUGGGCGGCCUGAAGCCCUUCGUGGGCGGUGUGGGACUGCAGGUGGGCCUAAAGCUGCUGUUGAACAUAACCAAGAUAGUCAAACUGAAGAUGGACUGGCGCAAACAGAUCUUCAACAAAGGCUCACUGCAGCUGGGCCUGGCCCUGGGCAGUUUCUCUCUGAUAUUUAAGGCAAUUUCUUGUGGGCUGCGCAAUGUUUGUGGUCAUGACAGCGCCAGCUUUGCCAUACCCGCCGGCCUGCUGGGCUCCAUUGGCCUGCUGCAGUUCCCUAACAUCACCAUUUCGUUGUAUAUUAUGUGGAAAACACUGCAAGUGCUCUACAAUUGGGGCACCGCGGAGGGGGUACUGCCCGAAAUAACGCACUUCAAUAUGAUAUUAUACUCAGUCUGCACAGCACUGCUGUUCCACUGCGCCAUACUGGAGGCCAACUCUAUUCGGAGUAGCUACUACAAGUUCCUGCUGACUAUUUCGGGUACCAGAAAUGCGCGUUUCAAUGUACGCCCCUUUGAAGCCUACGGAUUGAAAAGCCAGAAUCAGAUUUUCGACACCAUAAAGAGGCUAAAAAUAGACAUGACGUCACCGUUUCCCACUAUGCCGCUAACCGUUUAAUGGCAGCUCCAAAUAAUAAUCUUAAGUAAACAAAUAUUAAAAUUAAAAUAUAUAUAUAAAUGCUCGAAAAAGCUGCUAUAAUUUGAGAGCUUUAUGCUUUAUGAGAAGGCAUAAAAUGUUU